UCAAAUAGAAGAGAUGAAAAUUUUUUCACCAUUUAGGACUUGAGCAAAUUAGCACAAAAGUUGUUAAAAAUCGUUGAGAAAAUUGUAUAAAAUAGUGAAGUUUAAACACAAACAAUGCAAAGAUGAAUUUUUCAUAAAAGUUCGAGAAACUAACGUAGCCAGUGGAAAAGAAAUUUUUUUUGCAGAAACUGGCAGUGGGCAGAGUGCAAGAAAACGAUAGGUAAAAAAAAAAUAAGGCAAAGAGCAAUAGUAGUGCAGUGGCGAGCAGCAGUCAAAAAGGCAAAACAGGUACAAGGCAAGCAAGUAGUAAAAAAGGGAGACAGUGCAAGAAAACAGUGAUUGAAAAGAGACCUAGAAAAGGAGUAUACGUACAGAAACGAAAAGAGGAAUAUCAAUAAAACAGUGCGAAAAAAAAUGAAACAUCACUAAAUACGGAAAAAAUCAAAAUUACGCAGACACGUAGUAAAUUGUAUCACAAACAAAUUCGCACACCAUAUUAUAUGAAAAAUUUCAGAGGUAAUACCUCUAUAUAGUGGUGUAGUGAUCAAGAUAAGUGCUCGAAAUCUGAGCAAUUUAUUUUUAGGCUCAUAAGUAAAAACAAUUCUAUAAGAAAAAAAUGUCUUCGAAUAAUCAAUCAUCCGCCGCGCAGGGUGUAAACCCCAGUUCAAAUACUGCAAAUGCAGCUAGUGGGGCAACAAGUGCGGUUUCAGAUCAACGCAAUGCUCCAACAGACUCUCCAUCUGCUGCUGGCGGCGGUACCACUACAACGACUGCUGGUGGACCAGCAGAUAGUCCAACUAGAGUUGCAAAAACACCUGCUGUUAAUACAAAGGAACGUGUAAUUGAUAAUGUUCCAUUUCCACCCAGCCAUAAGUUAACUAUGGCCGAAGUGUUUGAUCUGAGAACUGGCAAACCUAAUCAUGACAUAUUAAAGCAGCAUUUCAUUCUUGAAGGUCGCAUAGAGGAGGCACCUGCAUUACGAAUUAUUCAAGAGGGGGCUGCUUUAUUGCGGCAAGAAAAAACUAUGAUAGACAUCGAGGCGCCAGUGACCGUAUGCGGUGAUAUACAUGGACAGUUUUAUGACCUCAUGAAAUUAUUUGAGGUAGGAGGGUCACCAGCCUCUACUAAAUACCUCUUCCUGGGCGAUUAUGUGGAUCGAGGUUACUUUAGUAUUGAGUGUGUUUUGUAUUUGUGGUCAUUGAAAAUCACAUACCCGAAUACAUUAUUCUUACUGCGUGGCAAUCACGAAUGCCGGCAUUUAACAGAGUACUUCACUUUCAAACAAGAAUGUAAGAUUAAAUAUUCGGAACGUGUUUAUGAUGCAUGCAUGGAUGCUUUCGAUUGUUUACCUCUAGCGGCUUUAAUGAAUCAACAAUUUCUGUGUGUCCAUGGCGGUUUGUCACCGGAAAUACAUGAAUUGGAAGAUAUACGUCGUUUGGAUAGAUUUAAGGAGCCACCAGCAUUCGGACCAAUGUGCGAUUUGUUGUGGUCAGAUCCUUUGGAGGAUUUCGGUAACGAGAAAAAUUCAGACUUUUACUCACACAACUCCGUGCGCGGCUGUUCGUAUUUCUACAGUUAUGCAGCAUGCUGUGACUUUUUGCAAAAUAACAAUCUUUUAUCAAUUAUACGUGCACACGAGGCGCAGGACGCCGGCUAUCGCAUGUAUCGCAAAAGUCAAACCACUGGAUUCCCAUCGCUAAUUACCAUCUUCUCGGCACCGAAUUAUUUGGAUGUGUACAACAACAAAGCGGCGGUGUUGAAAUAUGAAAAUAAUGUAAUGAACAUCAGACAGUUCAACUGUUCUCCACAUCCUUACUGGCUUCCCAAUUUCAUGGACGUAUUUACUUGGUCGUUGCCGUUUGUAGGCGAGAAAGUGACUGAGAUGCUGGUGAAUGUAUUGAAUAUUUGCUCGGACGAUGAACUCAUGACCGAGGAGAGUGAAGAGCCCUUGUCCGAUGACGAAGCGGCGUUACGCAAGGAAGUCAUUCGAAAUAAGAUACGUGCCAUCGGUAAAAUGGCACGUGUAUUCUCAGUGUUGCGUGAAGAAUCUGAAUCUGUACUGCAAUUGAAGGGACUCACACCAACGGGUGCACUGCCUUUGGGCGCACUAUCUGGUGGCAAGCAAUCGUUGAAGAAUGCGAUGCAAGGCUUCUCGCCCAAUCACAAGAUCACUUCGUUUGCCGAAGCGAAGGGUCUGGAUGCAGUGAACGAGCGCAUGCCGCCGCGGAGAGAUCAACCGCCAACACCCAGUGAAGAGCAUAUAAAUAGUCAGGGAGGCACAACUGCGCAUAAUGGGUAAUUAGACUAAAAUGUGUAAGUUAUGAAUAUUUCAUAUACAAUAGAAAAUGAUAUAUGUAUGUGAGAGACAUGUAGAGGGAUGCAUAAAACUUUGAAAGUGUAAUACCUACAUACGUUCAAAAUGUGCAAUGCAAUUAAAUUAUGCAAAAUGUUAAAUACCAUUUAUUAAUUCAUUCAAGUUUAAAGUUGAUGAAAGAAAUUACAUAUAAAAUAAACAAUAAAGCAUUAUUUAAGCCAAGCACCUAUUGCAAGUUACAACUUUUGUUGUUCUAAAAUAUUGAAAAAACAAAUUGCAAGAAAAAAUAUGCCAGUCAUUACUGUUUUUAUAAUACUAUUCUUUAGUUAUGGACUACAUUUUAAUGUAAACAUACACUUACUUUAAUAAGCGACGUUAAAAAUAUAUAAAAAAUAUUAAGGACCCUGUAAAAAUUUCUUGAGUUUUAUUUAUUAAAAUGGCAUUCCAUUUUGGUACUCCAUCCACAUUUUUUAACUUGUACUGAAAAAAUAUUUUUUUUACAAAAUAUAAAACCAGUGAUGCUUCUUGAAACUUGCUGCUACAAUAUUAUCUUACCUACCAUUCACUUGAUAUACUUUUGAAUUUGGAAACCCACCAAAUAUCUGACUGGCUCAUUUUGGUGUGAAACCCAUAGAAACAUAUGCAGUCUGUAUUUUAACUUUUUACAGCAUGAUUAAAUCAGUCAAGCUAUUAUGUUCUGGUGUCAUCAUUAACUACAACAUUAUUUAUAAUGAAUUCUAUAAACGGUAUGUUGGUACUAAAACACUUUUCCAACGACCCAUAGGAAAGAAAGAAGGGUGCAAAGUUGGUGAAAGUUUUUAAAUACAUAUAAAUUGCACACAUGGGGAAAAUUUGUUAACUUAGAUAAAGACAUAAAAAAAAAAAAAAAAUAGAAAAUUAUGAUGAAUAUCUUAUUGUAUUGAGCAAGUACAAGUUCUUUAAGAGAUAUAUGUGCUGUUAACUUUUAAAUGAAGGGAACAGGGCAUAUUAAAAACCAGUGACAUUUUUAUCGUUUGUUAAAUAUUCACCAAGUUCAUUCCGAACAUUAAGGAAGUGAAUUUGCGUUUAGAUUCGAAGUGGAACGUUUUAAUAACAAUUAAAUAUUUAUUUAUUAUGUUUACAAACCACUUAGCAACAUAAAAUUAUAUACAUAUAUAUGUUAAAAAAAAUCAAAGUGGGCAAAGCAAAAGCUUAGUGUAAACUAAAUAAAUUAUGUAUUAUGUUCAGUAAAACGACAAAACUGUGAAUGGCAUAAUUGAAUGACCGAAAAGUUGGCAAAGCAAACUGCUUGUUGUUGGAAUAUUUAUGGUGUUAAAUCAUAACGUUGCUGAUGGCGAAACAAACUAAGUCAGUUUUACAAUCAUUUUCCCCCGACUUAUAAUUAAGGAAAAUAAUGCGAUGUAUAUUUUCAGAAAAUGCUCGUAAAUUUUUGCUUUCAUAACUUCAAAUUUGUAUUUUUAAGUAAAACUUCGACAACUUGCGCUAUCGGCAACAAAUGUCACCUCUGUAUGUAUGAAUAUUUCAAUGAAAUGUGUACGGCGAGCGAAUGACAAAUGCACAUAACAUAUGUUAUAAUCAAUGCAUAAUGACAAUGCAAACAUAUACAUAUACUCGCAAAAGAAAAACAACAAACAAACAAAAAAAAAAAAAAAAAGAAAGAAAA